AGCUCCAAGCCGACUUUAUAUAAACACCAAUCCGCAAAACGCAGCCUCUCAAAACAUAUGUUUCACAACAAAAGGGCUGUCUGGGACUUUAUAAAAACCCAAGUACGAGCUAUUUUACAGCACUGAACUUAACCGGCUUCUCAGCAGCAAUACCAAAAUGUCGAAGCUUACACUGAUUAUUGCUAUCGCCUGCCUUUGUGUGGCUGUGCAGGCUCAAACUGUUAGGCCAGGAGAUCGGGAUAUAUGCCAAGAUCAGAACAGAAGGUGCCUGGAGAACGAGAGGAGAUUGGGCAGGGAUAACGAUGUUUCCAACGCCUUCAAUAAUCACUGCCGCAAUACUGUCGGAAACUGGAGAAAUGUUUCGCGUUGCGAAUUGAGUAAUGCCGUUUGCAAAUUGACACUCGAGAGGUGCGCUACCGUAACUUGCGCGAAUGUGAGAGGAGCUAUUGGUGGCAGAACUCCCCCCGGUGGACCAACUACUCGAAUCCCAGACCCCGCAGGUCCUCGAACUACAACUCGCAGAAACCCAACUCCCCGUACUUCAACCCGCCGUUCCCGCACUACGACUCGAAUCCCAGACCCCGCAGGUCCUCGAUCUACAACCCGAAGGGGUAGGACCACAACUCGUAGGACUACAACACGAAGGGGAAGGACCACAACUCGCAGGACCACAACUCGUCGACCUUUGGAUGACUAA